AUGUUUUCACCACCAGUUAUAAUCAACAAUCAUCUGUAUCAUGAUACAUCAUCAUCAUCACCAUCAUCUUGUUCCAGUUUGGAUAGUUCACAUGAAGAAUUUAUAUUAUUAAAUAAUAAAUCUAGUCUAGAACAACACAGAUCUAUGCCGGAUAAUAACAAAGAUUCUAGAUAUUACUCACAACAAUCACGUGUUAAAAAUCGUGGGAAGGACCUCUUAUUAGAAACAAAAUUAAUUCAACUAGCAAAUCAAAAUGAAAUAUUACGUGCAAAAAUUGAUAUGUUAACAAGAAAAUUUAAUCAAAAAAAUUAA